UAUACUACCAAUUUUCAGUGUUCACCAUAUUUUUUCCACAAACCCAAUCUUUCUAGAAUGGCUAUGUUCUUCUCCACUCGUUUGCUCUUCUUCUCCAUCAUCAUCCCUUUACUCAUCUCUAUCACUCUCUACCAACUGAUCGACUCAUUCGACCCAGCUCCACUUCCCCCUGACUCACUCUUCUCCUCUCCAACUUCAAUCCCGCCACUUCUCAACGACAAAUUCCUCACCGGAGCUGAGUUUAUCGGCGUCGGUCUUCUCAAUAACCCCGAAGAUAUCGCUUACCAUAAGGAGUCUGGUCUUAUCUACACUGGUUGUGUUGAUGGAUGGGUGAAACGAGUCAGUGUUCACGACUCAGCUAAUGACUCAGUCGUCGAGGAUUGGGUCAACACCGGUGGAAGACCUCUCGGUAUCGCUUUCGGAAUCCACGGCGAAGUCAUUGUCGCAGACGCGGACAAGGGAUUGUUGAAUAUAAGUGGUGACGGGAAGAAGACGGAACUGUUGACGGAUGAAGCAGAAGGCGUUAGAUUGAAGCUGACGGAUGCAGUUACCGUUGCAGAUAACGGCGUUUUGUAUUUCACUGAUGCUUCUUAUAAAUACGAUAUCCAUCAAUUUAUCUUUGAUUUCUUGGAAGGCAAACCACAUGGACGUCUCAUAAGCUUUGAUCCCACCACACGUGUCACACGUGUACUCCUCAGAGACCUUUACUUCGCUAAUGGCAUAUCCAUAUCCCCUGAUCAAACCCAUCUCGUCUUCUGCGAAACGGUCAGGAGAAGAUGUAGUAAGUAUUAUAUAAGUGAGGAGCGUGUAGAGGUAUUGAUUCAAGGCUUGCCGGGUUUUCCAGAUAACAUUCGAUACGACGGAGAUGGACAUUACUGGAUUGCAUUGAUUUCGGAAGUAACAACGCCGUGGAAGCUCUCGAUGAAAUACCCUUUCUUGAGGAAACUCAUAUCAAUGGCGGCUAAGUAUGGCGUGGAAUUAUUGUUUAUGAAGAAUGCAGGCGUUUUGCAAGUGGAUUUGGAUGGUAAUCCCAUCGCAUUGUACCAUGAUCAUCCAUUCUCUCACAUAACAAGCGGAGUCAAGAUUGGGAACCAUCUCUAUUGUGGAAGCCUCUUGCAUUCCUACAUUACUAGACUCGAUCUCUUGAAAUAUCCUGCACAAAAGAAGCUUUAAAACAUCAAGUUUACACGAAUAAAGGAACUUUUACAAUUUAGGACUA